UUUCAAUGUGUACAAACAUACAACUGUAUACGUUGAGUAUAAACCCCCAUGAUUUAACUUCCUAUUUAUUCUACUAGAUAAUUUAAAUAACUCUAAUUACUUCGUUAAAUGUUUACAUAACCAGUUUAACAUAUAUUUUUAUUUGUUAUUAUUUUCUAAAUGUCCACAGCUCCAGGGCUUUCAUUUGCUAAUCUUACUUUACUUCUGGAUGUUCCGCAACUUCCAGCUAUUUUCGCCUCUAAUUGUUUCCACAACUAUCGCACUCUUUCCCGGGAAUUUAAGUUCGUAACUAACGAAACUGACGAUUUGGUAUACCCCUUCAACAGAUUGAAUAAACAAGACAAGAACACCAACAGGAUGGGAAGACCGAGAAAAUACAACGAUACUUCCACAUUUCCGUUCGGAAAUCCAUUCUAAUAUUUUAAUUAAUUUCCUCUUUAAUUUGUA